CCUGUACGUGGCCCCUGUGUGAGUUUUCACAACAAGACUCCAUUUCCCAGAAUGCACCGCGGACUAAGCAGGCAAGCAGCAGGCGCACGGCUCUCUCUCGGUCUCCGUGCUCAGGCUGCUUCUCCCGCUGGCGCUGCUGCGGGUUUAGGAAGCUAUAAAGACGCUGGAUGGGCUUUCGGAAACAGCGAAGACACAGAGCGACAUUUCCUUGAAGUGUUCCCUUCCAGACGGGGUGCUUCAGGAUGGGGAAUGGCAUCAACAAGGUCCUGCCUGAUUUAUACUUGGGAAAUUUCAAAGAUGCAAGAGACAGGGAACAGCUUGCGAGAAACAACAUUACACACAUCCUGUCCAUUCAUGACAGUGCAGCUCCAAUCCUCCAGGAGAUGACCUAUCUCUGCAUUUCGGCAGCUGACCUGCCCACACAAAACCUGACUCAGCACUUUAAACAGAGUAUAAUGUUCAUGCACGAGUCCCGCCUUAAGGGAGAAGGCUGCCUCGUUCACUGUUUGGCAGGCGUGUCCCGCAGCGUCACCCUGGUUGUGGCCUACAUCAUGACGGUCACAGGCCUGGGCUGGCAGGAGGCGCUGGCUGCUGUCAAGGUGGUCCGACCCUGUGCUGGGCCCAACCUGGGCUUCCAGCGACAACUCCAGGAGUUCGAGACCACUCUAGUGGAAGAGUUCAGAGAAUGGCUCCGGCAGGAAUAUAAGGAAAACCCCUUCAACGAUGAGGCCGAUAUACGUGUCCUACUCGCCAGAGUAUCCAAAGUCAGCAGUGAGGAUGAAGAAAAACACACGUCGACUCCUCCUGGAGGGAUCUGAUCGCUCCUCUUCUGGAGGUCUUUUGCAGCUCUGCCUGCAGGAUUACACUGAAACGAGAUGAAGUGUUCUGGACUUCUGUAUGGAUUCUCAUCCCAAAGGAAGCGAUUGUCUCAAUCUGAUGGACAUUAAAGCUGGAGGAGACAGUUACUGUGUACAGGUCAUAUUAAUGUUUAGCAUUUAUUGUUGUUAGUUGUGCUAUGAAGUUUUUUUUUAAAGUGAUGAACCGAGUUUUUCCACUGUGUCAGUAUGAUUUCAAAUUGUUAAAUAAAAGCAGUCAAGUGAAGCAUCAGGGUCCCGACCUUAUUGGAGGUGAUAAGACGCAUUCAGCACUCUGUUUAUAGCUCUAUUUCCUGGUUCUCUUCCUGUUUGUCUAAUGUGCAAGGACCGACACGCGUGGUGGCAUCGAACACACAAAGACCACGCUCUCGUAAGCACUCUUCACACAGCUGCCCAUACAUUCUGCUAAACUGAGACAAAAAUAUAAAGAUGCCAUGGUGAGGUGUGGCAAGAAGUCCUCUGAAUAUUAAUAAUAGGUGUGUGUUGAUAACCACUGGAGGGCAGUAACCAUCAUAACUUACUUUAGAACUAUACAGUACUUUCAAUUAAACCAUGUCUUUGUUUGAGAUAUUAUUUUGAACUGAACUUCAUAUUUUCCUACCAAAACAUGUAUAUUUUUAGAUUUUUCCCCCCUCCAUUUACCUGUAUUUCAGUGGAAAUAAGUCUGAGCUG